AUGAUAAUAUUCAGAAGUUGUGUUGCCUCUUGCUGCACAGUGCUGCACAGCCUUCUGCAGAUCGUCGCAGUGCUCGAGACGCAUGUGUGUUUCCGGCAGCCCGUUCCAGAAUCCAUCAAGCUGUAUGUGAGCAUUGAGAUAAGCAUUGCAGUUUUCCAGGUAGCUUGGAGUGCGGCCUGGGAAAGGUUCGUUCGCAGGCAGAUCGUCUCAGAGAUCGAGAAGGCCACGACGCAGAGUGAAGCCACGGCCUCACGGAGGCUGUUGAAUACCAUCUGCGAUGCCACUCUUGAGCUUGACGGCAAUCUUCCCAUCAUUGGCGAGGCAACGCAUCUGUCAGGCAUGCUGCAUCUCGGCUCACACAGGUGCCUGCGCGGCGUCUCGAUCGAGUCGUUCGUGCUGCAGCAGGACCGGGAGCGCCUGAGGGAACGCAUCGCGGCUCCAGUCCCAGAUCAUCAGGACCGAGAUGGCGAACGUGCUGCGCAUAUGCCUCUGCGACAACCUCAACAACGUCGUCAAAGCUGA